GGUGGUUUGAACCGGCUAUUGAAACAACCACUUUAGCUCAUUGGGAUAAAGACAACCCGCGGACGGGGAAUCAGAAUCUGACGGCCCACGAAAGCCCGGACAUCUCCGACCGAGACACCGCACGGAACCGGAAAUACGCGCCGGGGAUUGAGCCUGUUGGCGGGAGUUUGCCGGUAACGAUCAGUGCCUCUUUAUCCCCGUUAAAAGCCCGGGUGCUGGGACUACCUGCCGAACUGAUCCAUCCCGGGCCGGAGCAGGAGGUGAAAAAUGCAAGCCUUUUUAAAAGGAGCUGGUGUGAUCGGCACUAAACCUACAAGAGAGAAAAGCGCAGCAGGAACCAGUGGCGAAAACAAGAAGCAAAAAUCCGUGCCAUGGGUGGAAAAAUAUCGGCCAAAAUGUGUGGCUGAAGUUGCGUUUCAGGAGGAAGUUGUGUCUGUGCUAAAGAAGUCUCUGGAAGGAGCAGAUCUUCCCAACCUGCUUUUUUAUGGGCCCCCUGGGACAGGGAAAACUUCCACGAUAUUGGCUGCAGCAAGAGAACUCUUCGGACCUGAACUUUAUCGCAAGCGAGUUCUCGAGCUGAACGCCUCUGAUGAACGUGGGAUCCAGGUUGUGCGAGAAAAGGUGAAGAAUUUUGCACAGUUGGCAGUAGCAGGAUCUCGUGCAGAUGGGAAACCUGCUCCUCCAUUUAAGAUAAUCAUCUUGGAUGAAGCUGACUCCAUGACAAGCGCUGCACAGGCUGCCCUUCGACGCACAAUGGAAAGGGAGUCAAAAACCACACGGUUUUGUCUCAUCUGCAACUACAUCAGCAGGAUAAUUGAACCAUUGACGUCACGUUGUUCCAAAUUCCGGUUUAAGCCUUUGACAGACAGUAUACAAGAAAAGAGGCUGCGUGACAUCUGUGAGAAGGAGAAUGUCAAAUGCAGCAAUGAAACAAUCAAUAUGCUCAUCAAUGUAUCAGAAGGUGACUUGAGGAAAGCAAUAACUUACCUUCAAUGUGCAACAAGACUUACUGGAGGAAAAGACAUUACUGAGCAAGUCAUCAUUGAAAUUUCUGGAACUGUGCCAACUGAUAUAAUUGAUGGUCUUUUAGUUGCUUGUCACAGUAGUUCAUUUGAGAAACUGGAAACCAUGGUAAAGAACGUGAUUAAUGAAGGUUAUGCUGCAACACAAUUAAUCACCCAGCUACAUGAUGUCAUCGUUGAUAAAGAUGAUCUUAAUGACAAACAGAAGUCUGCCCUCACACUAAAAUUGGCAGAAGUUGACAAGUGCUUGGCUGAUGGCGCUGAUGAGUAUCUGCAGAUGAUUGCUCUUUGUGCAGUUAUUAUGCAACAAUUUACACAAUAGUUAAUAAAUUUUUGAGCUACAGAACUUUUCUUAUCAAGAUGUGCAAGUACAAUUUACACCAAAACCACGUUGAACCUGAUGACAUUUUUAACUACAUAAAUUCUUUAAUACUGCCAACAUACCCAUACAUUAGUAAGACUUGCUGUAUGUACAUGUUUGGAAUUAAGUUUAUGAUAUUGUGAUGUGCACUUUGUGCACAGAAAAAUAAAUCUUUGACUGAAAUUUGGCCCAAGCUUAGAAUCUUUAAACCAAGUUUUUGCUCCUCUGUCCUAACACUACUUCUAUUUUCUUCAGUCAUACUCUUUGGGAAAAAGUCAGGCUUUACCUACGAGUAUAGUUAGUACAUGCAUAUUUUUGUACCUUUAUGCGUGUUCCAACAAAGCCUUAUGGUCAGCAGUAGCGAUUAUUUCUUCUAUCAAACUUAUUGCUUGCACACUAAAGUCAAAGCUUUGGAGGUUCAAAUCCCACUCAAGUUACUAUCUGCAUUGCCAAACCAGCUGUAGGCUUUGUCCAUUUCUGUUCAUCCUGCAGCAAUUCAGGUACAGUAAAAUUCAGGAUGCAUUGUGGUUAAAAUAUAAAAUGCCUAAUUAAUGUGAGUGGCUGGAAGCAUAGCUUUUGACUGCAUUCUGAAAAGGAAUUGGCAUCCUUCUAGCUACAGGCAUCUUAAUCCUUUAAAACCUACUUUUCAUUGCUUUCAGUCAGGAUGAGGAUUUUAAGCUAUUAAAGUUGCAUUGGCAGAAAUUAAAACAAUUUCAAUUUCCUGUCCCAUUUCCUGUACCAGUUUUCUAUAAAUCUAAAUUAUAACACUGCUUUUCUAAGCCACUGACUGUUAGGUGACCAGAAUAAACUCUGCAUCAUCAUCAGAACCCCACAAAUUUAACACUAGCAGGCAUGGAUUCAUGUAUUAUAGAACAUGAUAUAGUAUCCCCAUUCACUGGAAGUUUAAACUUGCACCUCAUGACCCUCAUCCUUCAGUUACAGUAAUAUGAUCCUUGCUUAACCACCCAUAGAAAAAAAUCACCCACAACAGUAUUUUUUCACCUCUACAUUGAUCAGCCACACCUGUGUAACAUUAGAUUUGACAUUUUUCUUGACUAAGGUUUCUAAAAGAUUUAAGUUUUUUUCUUUUACCAAAUUAGCAGUUAUGUCGUACCCUUUUCAAAAAUUAAGGCAUAAAUUGCAGUUACACUACCUUAUAUAUAAGUGCCAACACAACUUUCUACAAGCAUCAUUUACACAACCAGCUGAACCUCCUAGCAACUAACUUGUUAAA